AGUAUCAGAGUGUGCGCCUACAUCAUCCGGUACGGGAACCUCGUGCGAUCUACUCACUUCCUUUCCUCAUCUGAUCGAAAAAGCUCUAGGAGAACGAAGAAAACCAUGGCCGCAGUGCAGCAGAACGGACGCCAAACACACAGUUCCUACUCCAUUCGAUCUCUUUUGGGCCUAACCACUUUAUUGGUGGUUUUGCUUGCCAUUCUUCCGUAUUAUCCAACAUCGGCCAUGUCUGCUUUAUCUAGCGGUCAUCACUCCUUGUCAAAACGCUCUUUCUUCGAUAUCAAUUGCAAGGGGCUAUACGACAAAAGCAUUUUUGCUCGUCUCGACCGCAUUUGCCAGGAUUGCUACAGUCUCUAUCGCGAACCCGAGCUUCACACACUGUGCAGGUCGGAAUGUUUUACAACUCCUUUCUUCAAGGCUUGCCUCAAAGUCUUGCUUAUGGAGGACCAGGAUCCAGAUUACUCCGAAAUGAUCGACAAAAUUGGCCGCUAACGCAACUUUCAAGAUAAUAUCGUGGACAGAGCGCGCGCUUCUCCUCUCUAGAUCUUAAACUACUAUGUGCAUCAUCCUAUUUAUUUGAAAUUUCGUCGGCUGAUUUUUUUCGUCUUUGGGCAACAGUGCAAAACACCCCUGAAAUUUUUCUCCAGUUCCUUUUCUUCGUGCGCGUAAUAACGCACGAAGAAUUUUAUUUAGACAGUCGAAGAUGGAUAGAACAGUGUAAUUGAUAUCUUAGCAACAGGUUUAUGUUUGUCGUAAUUCGUCAUAUCUCUUGGCUGCUUCUCUUGUCCCUAAUUUGCUGCCCUAAAAUGAAAUCUAGUCUACUCUUCUGAACAAUCAAGAGCCUAUAUAUUUGUCACACGUGAAAAGCUAAAUCGCGAAUAUAUUUAUACAUGAAUCUAUAUUGUUAUCAGUGUCCAGCGGGAAAUAUAAAUCCCGUUCUAUUAUUCCCCCUUUCAGUGCAAACCCGGAGGAAGUUAAUCAUAUCUUUUAUUCCUCAAUUCCUAUUUUCUAUAAGUUUCUCUAUAUUAAUGCCUCUUUCUGCUAUGUCCAAUAUAUGUACUUGAAUGUCCACUGUGUCGGUCAUGUUUCUGGAUAUACAAAUAUACUAUUAAUCAAG